CAAGGAGGGUCUUCAGGGGGCUUCUCUCCCUACGUCAAACGGGAGCCCGUCGAAGGAUGGUCUAUUCACCACCGCAGUCGCCGGAGCAGGAGGUGGCCACGAGCUGCGCUCCGGCGACCCUCACUACGGCAACUACCACAACUACAACCUGCACGGGCUCCCUUCCAUCGACCAGGGCAACUCCACCACAGGGGAGAAGUCCCCCUGUACAGCUGCUAACACCAACCGGGCGGCCACCAACACCACCCCAGCAGCUGCCAAAACCACCGGAGCACCUGCCAACACCACCUCUGCGGCCGCAAACACCACCCGAGCGGCCGCAAACCCCGCCCCCGCAGACAAACCCUGAACCCAGGAGGGCGGUGGAACAAGGAAGGGGAGCAGACCCUCAGAAGCGGACUCCGCCCCCAUCAAGGGAGAAGGAAAAAGAAGAGGAAUGGAGGCUGGUGGGGAGUGGAAGAAGAAGUAGAGGGGGAAGAAGAGGAAGAAGAAGAGGAGAGCCGACGUCCCCCGGAUCCGAGUCUAAUCCUGAGAGACCCGCCGGAAACCGUCCUGACCCUGGGGGUGAUUCCCCCCAUAGCCCWACACAUCAGCCCGUACCCCUCACACAGAAUCCUUUCCUCUCCSUUCCCACAGAUGAUGCCGGAGGGAGUAGUUAAGAUAAUGGGGGGGAGGGGGCCCUCCUCUUUGUGGGCGCGGGGCGGCCUCGUMGUCCGUCGGGCGGUCAGUCUCCUCCUGGUUCUGCUGGAGGGCGUUGGGGGGUUGGGCGUCGUCGCGCYAAUCCCUCCUCGCCCAACAGCGACCAGGGGGUGCUGAUCCGUCUGAUUGAGGCGGCGGGAACCGUCCAGGAGUUGGAAAACGCCGCCCAAAGGGUGGCGGAGUUUUUCAGCUCUCGUGCGC